GCGAUAGUGACGGAGGCGGCGGGGAAGGGAGAGAGAGGAGCAAAGCCCAGCGAGGACAGCUCAAGGGGCGGGGCCUGGGCAUGCUCCUCCCACCAGGCAGCAGCAGCAGGCAGGAACCCUCUCCAGGCCCCGCCCACCGCCUCGCGCCACUCUGCUGCUCCUAGGAUCUAAUAUCAGCCCUCAUAAUGGAGGAGCUACAGAAAGAUUUGGAAGAGGUGAAAGAGCUUUUGAAAAAGGCAUCACGAAAGAGACUCCAUGAUGUUUUGCUGGCAGAAAAGAGUAAGAUAGAGCGAGAAAUCAAGAACCAGCCACCAGUUAAACCAAAAACAGAGGCAUCUGAAGAAGAAAAGCCAUCACUCACAGGAUACACAGUCAAAAUCAAUAAUUAUGCUUGGGAUCAGUCAGACAAGUUUGUGAAAAUCUACAUCACUUUAAGUGGAGUUCAGGAUCUUCCAGCAGAAAACGUGCAUGUGCAGUUCACAGAAAGGUCAUUUGAUCUACUGGUAAAGAAUUUAAACAACAAGAAUUACACCAUGACAUUCAACAACCUUCUGAAACCCAUCUCUGUGGAAAGCAGCUCAUGGAAGGUCAAAACAGAUAUGGUCUUGAUAUUAUGUAAGAAGAAGAAAGAGGAAAAAUGGGAGUGCUUAACACAGGUUGAAAAAGAGACUAAAGAGAAAGAGAAAGCUUCCUAUGACACAUCGGACCCUAGUGAGGGAUUGAUGAACCUUCUCAAAAAGAUGUAUGCAGAGGGAGAUGAUGAAAUGAAGAGAUCAAUUAACAAAGCCUGGGUUGAGAGCAGAGAGAAGCAAGCAAGAGAAGAACUACCAAUGGAUAUCUGAACAAGAAAAAGUUAAAAGACAAGGCUAGCCAUCAUAAUGUGCAUUUUUCUCUUUUGAUGCAAUGGAAUGAAAGUGUUGUGUUUACAAAACCAUCUUCAAAACAAAGACUUUUAAGUUCUACAUUUCAGGUUGGAGAUGUGGAAAUAAAACAUGCUAUUAAUAUGUCA